AUGUGGCUCGACUCUGACUCUGACAUUUUCUUUGUCUACGCACUAGUGACAAGUUACGAACAUAAGGAGCUGAAAGCGGUUCAUGACCUGGAAAAACUCUACAGAACAGAUCAUACCUACUACAAAGUCAUCGUCGGUAAUUCUAACUCCAAAAUUGACUCCAGAAGAAGGGCUGAAGGACUCCACGUCAGGACUCACGGUAUGGAACAGAAUGAGCAGGGUGAAAGGCUAUUCGAGUUUACCAUGUCGAGUCACAUCACCUAUGGUAGUUCGCUAUGGACUUGGCAGCCUCCUGGUGGACAGUUCUAUAUUCGAGCCAAUCACAACAUCUUUAAUCGAAGGUACUGCACAACCGGCGUCGCUGUUGCUUUAUAG